UUUGUGCUAUGUUGUUUAAUAAUAGUCAAGUUUUUCCGUGUACUAUAAGUAAAGCCCAUAAAUACAAGUGUACAAGUGUUUGUCUUCUUAUUUCCCGUUUUUGAUUUCUAUACCAUUUUUUACCACAAUGGCAAUGAAAUGUAUGUGGUAACAUGAACUGGCCACAAAUACAGAUAAACACAAUGUGCUUCAGCUAAUAACAAAAGAACAAUUAUAAUUUUUAGUGUCUUUAUUGAACACAGUCAUUAAACACUCAAAGCUCUGGUGGAAACAGUCAGCGAAGCUUGGAUUUAAUAACUGGUUGAAGCUCCUCUGAAACCAGCCCUUCAGUAGCUGCUGAUCAGAGCUGCUCGGUGUUCAGGAGGAAGUUUGGACCAUUCUUCUUAUAGAGCUGCUUAAGCCAGACAGAUUCUCUGGGUGUCUGGUGUGAGCAGCUCUGAGUUCAGUCCACAGCAUCUCUACUGGAUUCACAUCUCUCUUCAUGAGUCCACCAUACACACAUCACGGAGCAUGGACUCCUGUUGCCAUGGACACCACAGAGGAAACUGCUGCUACUGGAACAUGUUUGAUGGACUGAUGAGACUAAGGUUGAACUGUUUGAAGAACAUCAGCUCUAUGUGUGGAAACAUGGCUCUGCACAGCAACAUGAAAACAUCCUCCCACAGAUGGAGCAGGGUGGAGGGUGCAUCAGGAUGUCUGUUACCUGCUUAUGCUCAGGAGAAGCUGCUGAUGCAGCAGCAGGAAAAUGACCCUCAACAUCAGAGUAAAUCCAAUAAAUGUGUGUAAAUUGUUGUGUUAUUGAAUCUUAGAUAAAGAUCUGAUCAUUUAUUGUAAGGUCUUGAACUUACCCUAGAGUGCCUUGAGAUAAUGGCUUCUCAUAUGAAAAGGUAUAAUGAUCUGGAGUUUCUUGUUAAAAUGGACUUAUAACAAAACAAAACCAGGGGACAUAUUCAGGGGUGGACAGUAACAAAGUACAUUACAUUUCAGUACUGUACUUAAGUAUAUUUUUAGAGUAUCUGUUUUUUACUUGAGUAUUAUUUUCUUUUGUAAACUUAUGACUUUUACUCCACUACACUUAAAAGACAAAGACUGUACUUCUGACUCCACUACAUUGUACUCGUUACUUUGAGUCAGAGGAGGGAAUUUUCUUUUAUUUUGAAAAUGUAACAGACCUUACAUUGUGUUCAUUACAGGAGAAAAACCCAUCACAGCCAACUCCUCCACUGUCAGUCAUGUUGUACUGCUGCAUGUUUGAACCGCUCAGUUUGAACCUGUCAGUUUCCUAAUGAUGGCUAAAUCACUGAUAAAGAUGAGGCCGAAGAUUCUUCAAGUCCAUGUACAGAUUUUUUUAAUUUGGUGUCUAAUAUGAAAAAAUUCAUCACUACCUACAGAAAUUUGCCAUCUAACUUUACAAAGCAUGUCGGGGCAUUAAAUGUUUGUUAAUUUCCAGAUGAACAGCUUGAAGUUCAUUUUGUUGAUUUAAUUGUGUUUUUAUGGCCAUUUCUAUCAGCUUUGUAUCAUAUUCUACAAGCUUUAUAUUCUACAGGUUCUACAGUCAGGCAGUGCAUUCAAUUAGUUGUUUCAGAGUCAUUAGAUUCUGUAAAUGUGGAACAAUACAACAAUGUGAUGACGGAAAAAAAAAAGUGUUGAAUACUUGACUUUUUUUAAAAUCAAGUACUCCAGGACUUUAAAUCAAGUAAAAUUUUGACUGAACAAUUCUCAUUGGUAUCAGGUAAUAUUUGACCAGACGUAUCUAUACUUUGACUCAAGUAAUGCAGCUUUUUACUUUGUCCAGCUCUGGACAUAUUAUAUCCUGUUGGAUGCUACACAUAGGUCAACUCAGGUCUUACUGCUGGGCAGCUGGUAUAUCCUACAUACCUUGAACGCAUCGAAAGAAACACACUGUGGCUCCGUCAUUACGCACAUCGACGCAGCCGGCUCGUCCAAUCAGGUGAGGAGUCUGAAGCUCAGGAAAGAAGCAGAUGAUAUGGCAGCUUUGAGAGCGACCAGGUGGAACUUGCUUUGUUAAAACGGCCAAACGUGUAAAUAUGAAGACUGUGUGACUCGGACUCCGCGUCAGAGCAGCUGCUCGAGAUGAUUUACUUAAUGCUCAUUUCCGCGUUGUCCGGAGCAGUCGUUACGUUGAUAUUACAGUUCUUGCUGAUUUACCGGAGGAGCCCCGAGCCCGUGAGCAGGACAGUGCAGUAUGUCAAAGUAGUGCCUGAUAACGCGCUGAAGGAUUACUUUAAUACCCAACAUGCCGAACCAGGACAGCAGCAGCAGGACAGCACGACAUCUGCUGCAGCCAAACAGCAAGAGGCCGCCUCAACGCGGCAGCAGGAAGCGGCUGUCACCGGCGGCAGCCCCAAACAACAGCCGCCGCCGCCUUCACAAAGCGAGCCCAUUGAUGCAACCAAACCGGAGACGUGCAAUUUCUUAAACGCUAUAUUCCUGUUCCUGUUCAGGGAGCUCCGUGACACCCCCGUAGUCAGGCACUGGCUCACCAAGAAGAUCAAGGUGGAGUUUGAGGAGCUGCUGCAGACCAAGACGGCAGGUCGGCUCCUGGAGGGACUCAGUCUCAGGGACAUCUCCCUGGGUAAUUCUCUGCCGGUCUUUAAAACAGCUACACUGAUGAAACCGGCGCAUUUAAACGAGGACGGCAUGCCCGAGGAGCUCAACUUCGAGGUGGACCUGGAGUACAAUGGCGGCUUCCACCUCGCCAUCGACGUGGAGCUGGUGUUUGGGAAGUCUGCCUACCUGUUCGUGAAGAUGAGGCGCGUGGUGGGGAGGUUGAGGCUGCAGUUCACGCGCAUGCCCUUCUCCCAUUGGUCCUUCUCCUUCCUGGAGGACCCCCUGGUGGAUUUUGAGGUGAAAUCGCAGUUUGAAGGGAGACCGCUGCCCCAGCUCACCUCCAUCAUAGUCAAUCAGCUGAAGCGAGUGAUCAAGAAGAAGCACACCUUACCCAACUACAAGAUCAGAUACAAACCCUUCUUCCCGUUCCAAGUGCAGCCUCUGCUGGGUUCGGCCUGUGAUUUGGACCUGUCAGUCCAGGACAGCAGGCUGGUGGAAGGCCGACUCAAAGUCACCCUCAUUGAAUGUAGCAGACUGUUCAUCCUGGGCUCCUACGACAGAGAAACACAUGUUCACUGCACCCUGGAGCUGAGCAGCAACCAGUGGAAGGAGAAGACUCGCAGCUCCAUCAAGCGGACGGAGGUCAUCAAGGGGCCAUGUGGCAGCGUGGGGAUGACCUUCAGGCAUGUUCCUGCCACUGAGGGCGACGCAGUCCACGUCAGCAUUGAGACGGUCACGCCCAACUCCCCCGCACACUUGGCAGAUCUGCAAAAGGGUGAUCGCCUCAUCGCCAUUGGAGGUGUCAAAGUGACAUCCUCAGUUCAAGUGCCCAAACUGCUGAAGCAGGCCGGAGACAGGGUGUUGGUGCUGUAUGAGAGGCCGGUUCGUCACCAGACUUCCUCUUUGGGAACCUUGGGAACUCUUCAGGAAGGGUUUGGGCAGCUUGAGGAAACAGGUUUUAUUCCCCAGCCUGGUGGUUAUGAGGAGGACCCAGCCCCCAUAACCACCCUGUCUGACAUGUCCGACAGCAAAGACAUGGACUCUGAGUUUGAAGAGUUGAUUGUGGACAAACCUGGCCACACUGGUGGCCCUAACAACAGUACCACAAAUACCAGUGACACUAAGGAGGAAUUCUUGCUCACAGUAAACCAAAGCCCCAAAAGGACUGUGGCCACCUUGGCCUCUAAGCCCCUCGGUACCAUAUCACCCAUUCUCAACCGCAAGUUAAACCUGGUGGGUCUUCAGUCACCACUCAAGCCUCAGCCCAAAGAGUCACCAAAGCCCUCACCACAUAAGACCAGUAGUGAUGCAGGGGAGGGUCUGCAGCGCCCAACAAUUCCUCCCCCACCUCCUCCCUCUCGCCCCCCAGUGCCACCAAGACCUCAGAUAAGGUUGACAUCAGCCUCCUCAGAAACCAGUCUUUUAGAAGGUGUUGACUCUGUCACAACUGCUACUGCUGCUGUUGCUCCUGUUGUGACCAACACCACCAGUGCUUCUGAAAAAUCUCCAGAAAAAGCUCCUCUCUCUGGAGCCACAGAGGACAAGGCUGGCACUGAGAAGAUCUGUGUCAAACAGGCUGAGGCAAAGCAGUCCACCAGACCAGCAGAGUCCACUGAUGAGCUGCCAGUCCCCCCCACUGUGACCAGCAGCAGCAAGGCUGAUCAAGCAAAGGACAAAGCUUCAGAAAGCUCAUGCAGCACACGGGACAGUCUGGAGGACCACUCCAUCUUGGAGUCCCCAGAAACCAUGUUUCGUAACCAGACAGCACGCUGGCCCAAAGCCUCUAUGGUGUUUGAGGUAGAGAGCAACCACAAGUACCUUAACGUGGCCUUGUGGUGCAAAGAUCCCUUUAAGCUGGGUAGUUUGUUGUGCCUGGGUCAUGUCAGCCUCCAGCUGGAACACGUAGCCCUGGAGUGUAUGGCCACAUCUUCAGCAGAGUACCAGAGCACCUUUAGGCUGGGGCCUCCAGAGCCCAGAGCUAACGUCAGCCGCACCGCAUUGCGCAGCCUCAGCUCCCACAAAGGCUUCAACGAGAAACUGUGUUACGGAGACAUCACUCUGAACUUCUGUUACUUGGCUGAGGGGGACUUUGAGUAUCCAGGGGGGCUGGUGGAGAGGGAGCGAGAGGGGAGUCUUCAUGACGAGGAUCUAAAGGAGAGGGAGCGGGAGCAUGUCCCCUCUGCACCACGUGAUGACUUGGCCUACAGCACCAUGCAGGUGGAGGUUCGUCACAACUUCCAGGACACCCAGUUCCAGAACCCCACCUGGUGUGAGUACUGCAAGAAGAAAGUUUGGACCAAGGCAGCCUCUCAGUGUAUGGUCUGCGCCUACGUCUGCCACAAGAAGUGCCAGGACAAGUGCCUCUCUGAAAACCCCUUCUGUGUGGCAGCGACUGAACGUCGUGGAGCUGACCCUGAAGCCAAAUCAACCAUAAACCGGGCCACCACUGGCCUGACACGCCACAUCAUCAACACCAGCUCCCGCCUGCUUAACCUUCGCCAGGUACCCAAGACUCGGCUAGUUGAACAGGUGGCUGAUGUGGUUCCUGGAGCGGUGGAGCCCUCACCCAAGCAUACACCCAACACUUCUGACAAUGAGAGCAGUGACACUGAGACCUACACCAGUGGUGCCAGUCCCUCCAAACAGCCUGCCAGCAGUGGUGGCAGCAGUAAACUUGUACGCAAGGAAGGUGGGUUGGACGACAGUGUGUUCAUUGCUGUGAAGGAGAUAGGACGCGACCUGUACCGGGGGCUGCCCACAGACGAGCGCUCCCAGAAGCUGGAGCUGAUGCUGGAUAAGCUGCAGCAGGAAAUUGACCAGGAGCUGGAGCACAACAACGCCCUCCUGCUGGAGGAGAGGGAGGCCACAGAUGCCCGGCGCAAGGCCCUCAUCAGUACUGCCCUGGCCAAGUCUGGGGAGAGACUGCAGGCCCUUACCUUGCUAAUGAUUCACUACCGGGCGGGCAUCGAGGACCUGGAGUCAGUAGAGAGCACCUCUCCUUCAGAGCAGCAAGGCUUUAAAGGAAAAGGAGAGGGUCUGGAGGAGGAGGCCCUGAUAGGAACAGAGGUCUAUGACAGUGACAUCUGCAGCCCUGUGGAGGUGCAGCUGUUGGAUGACAUUACUGAGGAGCAGAUCUGUGUGGAAGCUCUCCACUGAAUAAGACUAGAGACAGAAGGAAGAGGAUUGUUUGGACUCAUGUCUCCCUGCAGAACUGUGUCCUGUUUAGAUAAUGGUGGGGAUGGUGUUAAUAGUGGGGAAGUGUGGUUCACUUCAUUCUGAGGAGAAAACAAAUGUUGGUUAAAGGAAUCUCCUCCUGACAGAUUCAUGGUGAACGUGUCAUUGGUGUUUUGAUUUGCACAGUGUGAUGCCGUUUCCAUGCUUUUCCAUGUGUUUCUGAGUUUUUAAAGGGAAGCUCGACAACUACAUUAUCACCUGCCCUCAGUAGUGCUGCACGUUUAUCCUCUACUUUUGCUUUUCUGUGGCUUCAACACCUCAUUGUAAGCAUUGGGUUCAGUUCACCGUCCUGUCUGUAACUGCUUCACCAUGAGGACUUUGGAAGAUGUGCACUUUUCUUCGGUCGACUGAAUCAUCGAGGACAAUGUUGAAUAUUUGCUUGUUGUGAACACUACAAAGGAAAAGCAGGUUUAGACCUCCAAGGACCUGAAGCAGUCACACAUAUCUUUUUUUUUUUUUUUUACUGUGAUAUAUUUGGAUUUCAGAAGUGACUUUCCCUCCUCACUAAGCUCUUUGGGAUUUCAGCAGCUGCAUAAUUAUUAGUGGAACCUCGUAUAUAAUUUGCCUCUUCCCUUUGGUCUAUUUGUCUGUGUUAGUGAAGCCAAACAUCUUUCAGCAUUUCUUUUUUUUUUAAAGAUAUAUAUAUUUCCAUGUUUUGUUUUGUUUUGCCAAGUAAUAACGUUCUGUUAAGAACAGCCCUAACUUAACUAACUAACUAACUAAACUAAGGCACAUAACUAAUCUUGGGUGAAAUGUGAGAAAGGCACAUAAUUGUGUGUGUCUUCAUGAGUUGUUUUCAUGAAUGAAUGUAUGUUCAGCCCUUUCUGUGUGACUGUAUAUACAGUAUAACAGUUUGGCACCACCCGUCCCCACCCUCCACUUCCUGGCCUGUUACACUGCGACACCGUACAUCUCUUCACUCCAGAGAGACUGUGGAGAAUAACUGCCUGUGAAGAGAAAGUAUCUCACUCUUGUGUAUCAAAGGAAAAAUGAAGAAUACCUAUAAUCUGUUUGGUGAUGUCCUUCUCUUUCUUUCUUUUCUGUCUUUAUCCUGAUGGUUGUUUUGCCAAGCAGUGAAGCAUCACAUAUUUCUGGCAGAAAUAUAAUUGAGUGUGAUUGUGGAUAUUCAGUGAGGUUGAGUGUGAUAGCUCUCUAAAACGAUCAGCAGCGGUCAGCAGGUGUUGGUGUCAGUGCAUCAGAAUUGGGACAUUCAAACAGGCGUACAGGCAGAACUCAGUAAGAGGAGAUGUACCAGUGCAGGGACAACAUCUGAUUGAGAGAUAGCUGCCAACCAGCCCUGCGUUCAAAAAACCAGAUUAUCAAACAAUAUCCAGGAAGCCUGACUGGAGUAACAGAAUCUUAUCAGGGGCUUCAACUGCAAGGUUUUUCCUGACAGUUACAAGGUAAACAGUAGAAAUAUGUUGCUCUCCACCAAGAAUGUACACUGUGCCAGCGACCCGCCCUGCUGGGUCACGCUGAUAUUAAAGGUUGAGCCAGUUUGAAAUCUUUUUUUUGCUAGAGACCAUGUGUUGACCCAGCUGGCCCCUGGACCACGUUUUUCAGCAGCACAACCUGGCGCCUUUAUAAACCAUCUCUGAGGGCUGUUGAAUGGCAUUUUUGGAAAAGUAGGAUCAAGUCUUGAACAUUGGACAGCAGAAUCUAGGCCUGUCCGGCACAGGCAGUAAGCACAGGUGCAAAACUUUUUUCUGUCUAACCACAAGAAUGAGUGCAACACCAUCAAGUUCCUGGAGUUCAGCCUGUGAACACAUUGGAUGACACAUCAUGAAAACUCCAACCUUUUUAGCACCGAUACCUUUUUUUGUUUCCAACUACAUUGUCAUGGACCAGUAUACUCCAACCCCUUCAUGACUGAACGAAAGAAUAAGUUUCAUUAAGAAAUAAACAAAUUAACUCCACACUGUGUUUUUGUUUUUUGCCCAUUUGAACGUGGUAGUUGCAGCAGUCGUAGGAACAGCACUCACAGAUCAAGUGGUCAGCUGGAUGAUGAUGGUCUGCUGACCUGUUAAGAGCGUGGGAUGGAGUGACGAGGAAAGAUGCACCAAGUUACCUGAAACACAGCACAUAACGGCUUAAAAUGUUCUUUAGUCACAUUGUUUCCUCGUGGCCUGAUGGAGGCUGACGGUGGGAACCACCACCUUGAGGGUCUUCUUGAGAUAACUUUAGAUUUUCUUGGGAAAAGUACAAAAGACCAAACAGAGAAUUAUCUAAUGGGAUAAGAGCCUUGAUCCCUGGUGACCUCGGGGUGGGUGUGGCCAGCUGAAGAGGAGCUCGUCAGUUUGUUUUGUUUGGUUGAACAACAGGACAAAGUCAAAAAAGAAAAGAGUGUGUGUGACAGCUUAAAAAGAAAAGGGCCAAGGACGUAUAAUACAUUACAAACAUGUCAUUCAUACGCUGCAUAGCAAGAGCAUCCACAGUCGGUGUGCUUGUUGUGUGGACAUGUGAGGAUCCACACAAACCCUUAUGGACUUUACGCCAGAGACGAAGUUACGUCACGUGGACCCCUUUGGACAUGUGGACGUGGAAGGCAUGAAUUGGCUUUGAUUGGAGGCAAAGGAUCAUUCCCCGUUCUUUUCAGUGUAAUAGAUCUGUUAAUCAUGUGGAUAUUAGCUUACUGGCUGCUCUUGUCAAUCUCUCUCAGUCACUGAAUAUUCAGAUAUUUUGUGCAAUAUUUUUGUAGGAAAUGAAACUGAUUAUCAGCAUUGAAUCCCGGUGUCUGUGUUUUCUCUUCUUUUCUCUUGAAACUGUGUGUUGUGUGUGACCAUCUGUCUCUGAGCUGAGGUUCUGGAGACCAGUGACAACCUCAGAGGAGGAGCUCCCGCUGUAAACCCUCCUCUGGCCUGACAGGCUCUGCUUUCGCUGCUGCUGCUGCUGUUGUUGUUACUAUGUGCUCUUCUCAGAACUCAUUAUCACAUGCUUCUGCUGCCCCUCCCCCAGCCCUAACCUUUAAAACUGCACUCGAAAUAUGACUUACCCACCACAGCUUUCAGCAGGUCAAGGUGGUAUUUGUUUCUUUUUCGUGUAUGUGAGGGAUAUAGAACAGUUUUCAAGAAGGCUCAUGUGAUGAAGCUUUAUUGUACAUAACCUGAAUAAACAAGCUCAAAUGAA